AAAUUAGACUCCUCUUCAUUAUGCUUCGAAAUUUAAUAAUAUUGAAAUAGUAAUAUUGUUAUUAGAAUAUGGUGCUACAUACAAUCCUAUAUCAAUUGAUAACAAAACUCCUUUGGAUCUAUCUCAAAACAAACAAAUCAAUGAUGUAUUAAAACUGAUCGAUAAGUCCUUUAAAAAUAUUUUAAAUUCGAGCAAAAAAAUUUUAAGAACUCCUCUAAAGUUUCUUGAUCCACAUGUUCUAAAAGCAAUUAUGAAUGCAAAAAAUAGAGAAAAAGAAACUUUGAUGACUUGUGCCAUUCGCAAAGACUCUCCUAGGGUAGAGCAGCUAAAACGUAUAUUUUUUUACGACACUGAAAACCUUAGUAGUUUAUCCGACUACUUCGCUUCUAAAGAACAGUAUGAUAUAGCUUUGAAUUUGCAAACAAAUUUACUUGAAAAGAAGAGAAAAAUUUUAGGUUCUGAAAAUCCGGAUACUUUAGAAACUGAAGAGAGUGUCGCUUGGAUAUUGUAUAAACAGCAAAGAUACAAGGAAGCUCUAAGUAUUUGUAAAGAAAUAUUAAAUAAAAGAGAAGAUAUGCUGGGAAAGAACAAUAAAUAUACUCACAAAUCACUUUCUUCUAUCGCUCUUAUACUCCAUAGACUUGGGCGGAAUUUAGAAGCUAUAGAUAUUUUCGAGAAUGUUCAUAAAAAACAAAAGGAAAUUCUUGGAUUAAACAAUUCAGAUACUUUGCAAACUGCAAUGCACAUGGCAUUAGUUUUGAAUGACCUUGAUAGGCAUGAAGAAGCUUUGAAUAUCAACAAAUCUGUUUUUCGAGAAUGCUUAAAAUUAUAUGGUUUUAGGCAACCUAUAACUUUAGCUUCUCAAAAUAACAUUGGACAGACUUUAACUUGUUUGAAAAAUUACGACGAAGCUAUUCGGAUUUACAAAGUUGUUUAUAAUUUGAGGAAAGAAAUUUUAGGGCCAUUUCAUUCCGAUACUUUAAGAACAUUUCGUAACUUAAAUCAGGUAUUAGGGUUUCAAAAUAAAUCUGAAGAAGCCUUGAAAGGUUUUCAAGAAGUUCUCCGUUUACAAAAAGUAGCGUUAGGCCAUAAUCAUAUCGAUACAAUAUACACUGAAUUCCAAAUAGCAAGUCUUUUACUACGUGAAGGAAGACAUAUUGAAGCUUAUGAAAUUUUAAAAGAAAACAUUGAGAAGUUCAAAACAGUACUUGGAGCUAAUCAUCCGUUAGUUUUAGAAACUGAAUCAAUAUUAGAUUCAAUAAAAUAUCUAUUUGAAAUGGAUGGUUUUCAAGGUAUGUUUCUUUUAAACAAACUGGAUAAUAAAUACAAACCACACACGUUAUUAUCAAGUGAGUUCCUGGCAAAAGAUACCUUUCAAUUUGUUGGCGUUGAUUCUGAAGAUGGAAACUCGACAAAAAUGGAAUGUCUGUCCAUUGAACCUGACGUCAUUAACUCGCUUGUGGGUAAAAAUAACAGUAACUCUGCUUCAUUAUCAAAACAUUUUCUAACUAGAGACUUGUUUCAACACGAAAACGUCGAUUUAGAAGGGAAGAACUCUGGAAACAUAUGCUCAUCCAAUACUGAAACUGAAACCAUCAACCAGUGUGUGAAUGAAAAGGACAAAUAUCGUGCUUUAUAUUCAGAAGAAUUUCCCAUUGAAAUGGCUAGUCCUUUAAUUGUUGAUUCUGAAGGUAGAACGCCGCUUCAUUAUGCUGUGAGUAAAGGUGAAAUAUUUUUUGUGAAACAUUUAUUGCACUGUGGACAUGACACAAUGCACGUAACUAAUAAAGGGAACACUGUAGUUCAUAUUGCAUCAUUGAAAGGUUUUACAGAUAUUAUUGAAGUGUUAUUGACUACUGCAAAAGAAAAACACUUUCGAAGUUUUCAUAAAUUUAUAAAUGCAAAAACUCAUAAUGGUGGUAAUACUGCGUUGCAUGCAGCUGCGAAUUUGGAAACUGUAUUAACUUUAUUGAAAUACGGGGUUGUAUAUGAUGAAAAAAACAAUGUAGGUAAAAUUCCUCAGGACCAUACUGAUAUAAAAGAAAUAACUAGUUUUCUGCAACUUGUCUCUGGGUUUUUUACUGAUGCUUCAACUGGUGACACUAAAAUGAUUUCUAAAUUGAAGAAAUUGCUAGAGAAGGAAAAAUUAGCUAUUGUAAACGCCAGAAAUGGACAAAACCUCACAUUGCUACAAGUCAGCUUAAAAAAUGGUUAUAAGGAAAUAGCUAAUGAACUUUGUUCAAUUAUGAAGGAUUGAAUUUUAAAGAGUAAUUAAAAGAUUAUCUUAUA